AUGAAUUACCUCCGGCAGGCCCUUGACGAGACAAGCGCCAGCUAUCAAAGCUGCGUCGGUCAACUUGCAUCAGUGAGGGACAAGGUGGGCACUGGAGAGCUCAGCCUCAAGGAGGAAUACGGACAAGUACGAAGCAUUGCAGAGAAGCGUCUCAAGGCCUUCUCGGAGUCUGCUUGCCGGCAGAACUUUGGGGAGCCGCAGGGGUUGGCAGGCGAAGCCGCCAGUGGGCUGCGAUUGACAGGCGGAGAAGGUGGGCAGCGAACUGCAGGCAGCAGAGAAGGUGGGCAGGACGUCGGCGGAGAGGUGGGCCGAAAAAGUGGGCAGGACGAGCUUCCGGGGGGGCGGGAUGAAGUACGUCGGGAUAGGCGGCCUAGAGGGGGCAAAGGGUCGAAAGUAGAAGGCGACAGGCGCAAGAGGAGGUGCGGACAUGAAAGUCAUCAAGGGUACAAUUUUCAGAUCGGGAUCAGCACCGAGGCCGCAGACUCCUGGAACUUGGGAAAAGUGGGGAAACUUGGGGUGAACCCUGACGGUGGAGCGGCAAUCUUUUGCAGCUGCGGCAUCUGCAUCAAGAUGGCGUCUGAGUGCGAGUGCGAUUGUGCCACGUGUGUGAGUGGGUGGAUUUUCAGAGAGCAAGGACUGCUCUUGACGCCGAAUGAAUUCGAGGUUCACGUGGGAAAGGGACACAUGAAGAAUUGGAAGAAAAGUCUCUACAUCGGCGCCGAGAGAGUCUUCGAGUGGGCGUCCAAAACUGAGCGCGAUGACAUGCAGAGGCGCCUGCGAAGCAACUUCUGUAAACUGAAGGGAAUCGUGUAG